AUGUCGGAAAAUGAGCCAGAACUGGACGAGAAUGAUGUCGCCGAGAUAUUUGAAAAAAGUGAAAAUAAAAAAGAACUGCAUCUCUUUGACAAAUUUGACCCAAGUCUAAAACACGUUCUGGUCUUUACCAAAGCCGGCAAACCAGUUUGGGCACGACAUGGCGACGAGGAAGUGACCUCGGCGUUGAUGGGAAUUCUUUACACGCUCUUCUCGAUUGUCGAAGAAAAUGACGAUGAACUUCACGAGAUCGAACUCGGAGGGGGUCGAAAGAUGGUCUACUAUCAUGUCGAGCCACUUAUUUUAGUGGCAAUCGGAUUUGGAACGGGGAAACAGAUGAACUUUGAGCUGCAAAUUGUUAGGGAUCAAAUUUUGAGCUUGAUAUCCGGCGGUGAAAUAAAAAGACGAUACGAAAUGAACUCGACCUUCGAUCUUCGUCGAUAUAUUUCCGGGUCAGAGAGAUUUCUUCACUCAAUUUGCGACUCAAUAGAAACCGAUCCAGCGUUUUUCUUACAGUCAAUUCAACUCAUUCCUCUUCAAGCAUCAAAACGCGAUCAAAUCGGUUCCAUUUUAUCGUCUUGCCGCGACCCUGGCGACGAACCUGGCCUUGUUUUCAGCCUUCUCUGCCUGGACUCGCGUGUUUUAUGCAUGUGCCAGGACAAAAACAUUCCGAAAUUUCAUCCUAUCGACAUUCUUCUUUUGCUAAAUCUUCUCAAAAACCAGCAGAGUCUGAAAGAUUCUGAAGUUUGGCUUCCAAUUUGUCUUCCAAGACUUGAAGAAUCUUAUUCUCUCCAAGCUCAUAUUUCUUACAUACCCGAAUCAGACGAUCGAAUGUGCCUUGUCCUGAUCUCAAACAACCGCUCUCCUGAUACUUUUCACGAGCUUCGGAAAGUCAAAGACAACAUCGCGAAAAAACUUGCUUCGAAGAAACUAAUACAUUGUGUGCUAGAAUCAGCUGAAAACUACGUUACUACCGAUGCAGGCAUUCCACAGAUCAAACACUUUAUGUACUGCAGUAACUCAAAUAAUCAAGUAACUGUACCAGCUGGUUUCGAUGGCGACACUUUAGCAAGAUAUCGAGCUUUAUUUUCGAUGAUUACUUCUGGCGAAGUGAAGCUACUGUAUCGCUCGAAUAUUCAAAGCGUCAAUGUUAUAACUGAAAUCGGGAUGGCGAAACAAAAGAAAAAGACGCGUCGAACAGUCCAGCAAGUCCGAAUUGACCGCCUCAACCGCCGUGGUCCUGGUGGACUUUUUGACCAACAUGACCAGAACGAGGCGUCGACGAUGGAUCAAACUGGAGACAGUCGUUGGAGCGACCUGACGACCAGCACCAUCGCGUCAACGGCGCCAGCUCCGCAGCCGAUCCAGGAAAGAGAUAGCAACUGA